AUGAAAAUCAGGAUGUACGGCGCUGACGUGGCAUCGUGAGGAGCGUUCGGCGCGCCCCUGUCCUCCUCAGCUGGGUGUGAUCCGUCCUCCGGCCGCAUGUCUUCUCCACGAUCCACCAGCAGCAGCAGGAGCCGAUCACCGGAGCAGGGCUCGGAGAACACCCCGAAGGCCUCGGAGGGCGAGGCCGGGCAGCAGCAGAUGAAGCCGAAGGACAGGCAGAAGUUCUUCGAGGAGGCGUUCCAGCAGGACAUGGAGCAUUACCUGUCCACCAGCUACCUGCAGAUCGCCGAGAGGAGAGGGCCGAUAGGAAGCAUGUCUUCCAUGGAGGUGAACGUGGACAUGCUGGAGCAGAUGGACCUGAUGGACGUGUCUGAUCACGACCCUCUGGACGUCUUCCUCAACUCGGGAGGAGAAGAUAACAGCACCGCUUCACCCAUGCAGGCGCCCGACGCCGAGCCCUUCGGAGCCGAGAUCACGCUGCAGGUGCCGACACAAGCUGAGAUCAGACAUAAACUCGCCUCGCUCUCCUCCACCGGCACCGACUCGGCCAGCCAGGACACUCAGACCGGUGAGGACGAGGACGACGACGAAGAGAAGACCGGAGCGGACGCUGCAGCUCUAGCGCGACCAGAUCAGCCGACCAAGGACUGUGUGAAUCGGAACUCCUCAGGACUGUCUCAGGACUAGACGGACGGGUGCGGUUUUUUGUACAGAAAUUCCUCGUCAUGUGACGUGUUUAUCUGACCCUCUUAUUUUCUGAUCUCCAGCUAAUCAACCCAUUUUUUAAAUAUACAGUUUAGACAUAUCCAGUUCCCCCUCACUGCAUGGUCAACCUCUUCCUUGUGCAUGGGACCGCAGACUAGAACAGCGCCCCCUCUGAUACGAGCCACAGAGGAACAAACCCGGAGGAACCUGCUGUUCUUCAAGCAUCAACACCUCGACCCAACAGCAGGGGUCGCUGUUGCAGGUCAGACGCGGCAAAAUCCCGUUCGGCCGCCCUUCCUCAGACACUACACCUCUGAUGCUCGAACCCUGGUCUCACACAAGUAUGUGAUAGCUUA